UCCCCCCAUACGAAAGACACCCUCAAAUGGUUAAUACUCCAGGAAAAGCAGUGAAAGAAAGGGAAAAGAAAAGCGCGUUGAUGAGACUUGAGAGAGGUCGCAUGGUUUGCCUGGGUUUUGGACCGCCAAACCAAAUGCAAUUCGAUCUGCUCUCUGUCUGAUUGUUGUGCCGAAAUUGAAACCGCCAUUACCGACAUAUCAAGAACAAUUUGGUUUUGGAGGGUUUGAAGUUAAUGUGGAGAAGGUUCUGAAGUGGAUCGGUUGUUUUUGAGGUGAUUGUGUGGUUUACCAUGAAGGGUUAGAGUUGUUGAAUGGUCUUGGUCUGGGGAUUCAGAGAAGAGGAGGUUGGUUUAUUGCAGUUCUUUUGGGUCGGUAUGUAGAGGUUUCUAGACUAGAAGGGAAAACUAGGGUUCUGUUUCUUCUGUUACGAUGGUGAUAUUUUGGCUUUAAGGUUUUUUCGUGGCUGCUGUGAUUUGUGAAAAAUUGAGUGAACGGCUGGAACUUUGUUGCUUUUUGCAGAGGAAAUCGGCAUCCGGAAAUGGAUAAUUCGGUUAUGGGAGCUGGGCUUUUGUCAGGUUCAACAUCGGGGAUUUUAGAGCUGGAACCUUCCAUUCAGAGACACCAACAGAGCCAUUCGGUUUCCCAUCACCAUCACCUGCAAGCGAUGAACUCGCUGACUGGUCUCAACGGUGAUCACUCCAUGGGGUUUAUGGAAGCGAAGAGCACUGCCCCAAAAGGCAUGCCGAUGAACUGUAGUAAAGGGAAGGGGUUUACUAAAGCUGGUGUUGCUACCUCUGCUGCUGCAAAUAAUAACAGCAGCAAUACAAGUGAUGAAGAUGAACCCAGUUAUAAUGAAGAUGGCAAUGAUCCGCACUUUAAUGGGGCAAGGGGCAAAAAGGGAUCUCCUUGGCAACGAAUGAAAUGGACUGAUAACGUAGUUAGGCUUCUGAUAGCGGUGGUCUCUUUUGUUGGGGAUGAUGUUACUCCUGAGGGUGUAGAUGGGUUGAAGAGGAAGUCAGGAGUUCUGCAAAAGAAGGGUAAGUGGAAAACUGUAUCAAAUAUAAUGAUGGAAAAGGGUUGUUAUGUCUCACCUCAGCAAUGUGAAGAUAAGUUCAACGACCUGAACAAAAGAUACAAGCGGCUGAAUGAGAUCCUUGGAAGGGGGACCACUUGUAGAGUGGUCGAGAACCCUGCACUCUUGGACACCAUGACCAAUAUCACAGCAAAAAUGAAGGAUGAUGUCAGGAAAAUUUUGAGCUCAAAGCACUUGUUUUACAAGGAGAUGUGUGCRUACCACAAUGGACAAAGGAUACCCAAUACUCAUGACUUCGAUCUACAUUCUUUACCUGCCACAAGGUGUUCAGAGGGUAAUGGAUUUGAGGGGGAAGAAGAUGUGGAAAAUGAGGAUUGUGAUGAUGGAGAUUCAGAUGAUGAAGAUGACAACAAUGCUGAAGAAGAUGCAGAAAGGAUGGGGGAGUUUGGAAAAAGGAGGGAAAAUGAAGAAGAUGGCAAUUUGUGGCUACAAUCUGGAAUUUAUAAUAGCUUUGCAGCUGAAAUAGCUGGAGUUCUUCAAGAUCCCACGAAGUCAACAUGGGAGMGGCGGGAAUGGAUUAGGAACCAGUUAUUACAACUCCAAGUAAAGAGGGUCAAUCUUCAAGCUGAAGCUUUCGAAUUGGAGAAGCGUCAUUUGAAGUGGCUGAGGUUCUGCAACAAGAAAGAUAGGGAGCUAGAGCUUUUGAGGCUGAAUAAUGAGAGGAUGCGAUUAGAGAACGAGCGGAUGACAUUGCAGGUGAAGCAAAUAGAGCUGGAACUUGAUUUUAAGAGGUCAGAAGCAUCUUUAAACCCUGUUUCUCUUGGAAUAGAUAGACGGCAAGGAGGAAGAGAUCAAAUUGAAUCAGGAAGGGUUCAGUAGCUUCAUUUCUCCAGGGGUCAAAAUUUUGUUGCAACCUUACCCAAUUUGUUGCUAACCUCAAAGUUUUUACUUCAAGGCUUACAAAAGUACUAACCUUCAUUUGGGUGCAUUUACAAUCUACUAGACACCAAUGUGUGUAUUCUGUUGUAUAUUUUAAUAGGUGGCACUGAGUAGCUCCUUUUUCCACAAUGUACAAGAGAUCCAGUUCUUGUAAUUAUAUGUUUGAUGUUUCAGAUAUGAUUUGUGUUGGAUCAUGUUAUCAUGGGAAAAACUUGAUUUUCAGUGUGAUAUUCUAGUUAUAAUUGCCUUUUUUUAAUGUACAAAAAAUAAUACGGGUGCAUUAA